AUGGAAAAUCACGAAAAUGAACGUAAUGCUGCAACAAUUUAUUUGUUGGGUAAAACUUAUUUAACUAAAAAUGAAAAAUUUUAUAUUCGAAAUGAUCCUAUUAUACAUUUGGCUGCAGGUGAUAGACACACAAUUAUUGUUACUGAAAGUGGUCGAGCAUAUUCGUUUGGUGAUAAUAAUUCAGGUCAAUUGGGUCUUGGUCAUAUAAAUCAUACAGACAAAAUUUCAUGUAUAAAAGGUUUAAAACUUUUUAAUACAAAAGAAAAAAUUAUAUUAGCUGCAUGUGGUCGUGAUUCGUCAUUAGUUGCUACAAACCAAGGUUCAUUGUAUGCAUUUGGUUUGAAUAAUCGGUGUCAAUUAGGUUUUGAAGCAAAAGAACCAACAAUUAUUUAUCCUUAUCCUGUUAAAAUCGAAUAUUUUCGUUCAACAAUGUCUUGGAAACAAAUAUCAAUGGGUGCUGAACAUACAUGUGUAUUAAAUAAUGAUGGGGUAGUUUAUGUUUGGGGUUUAAAUGAAGAUGGUCAAUGUGGACAAGCACGUAAACAUAAUGUUAUAAGAAUACCAACAGAACUUCAAUUAGAAUAUCCUGUCGUUGCUAUAUCAUGUGGAUAUUAUCAUACAGCAUUAAUAACUGAAGGUGGUCGAUUGUUUCUAUUCGGAAAUAAUCAUGAUGGACAAUUAGGAUAUUCAAUAUCAACUGAAUAUGUUGGUUCAUUCGAAAUUUCAUUACCAGAUCCUGUCAAAGCUGUUGCAUGUGGAAAUCAACAUACUGUUGUAUUAACAUGCAAAGGAGAAGUCUAUACAUGUGGACAAGGUGAUUGUGGUCAACUUGGUCUUGGUCCUAAUGUUCAAAUUGCAGCAGAUUUUAAAGUUCUUGAAAAUUUACCAAAAUCUUUUACAGCUAUAGCUGCUGGUAAAGCUCAUACAGCCAUUCUAACUCAUAAUGGUGAUAUAUAUGUAUUUGGUGAUGCUAAAUAUGGCAAACUGAGUUAUGAAAUUUAUUCAAAUGAAUUUGUGCCACAUUCUAUUAAUAAAUUUCAAGAACAUAACGUAUUAAAAGUUGUUUGUGGUGGUUGUCAAACAAUCAUACUUGCUCAAAAGAAACAACAAACUGCAAAUGCAGAAAAUAUUCGAAAUACAACAAAUUCAAAAACUAAAUCUUUAAAAAGUCUUACUGGUAUUAAUCCGUCUCCAUCUGAGACUAAUCAUACGAAUACAACAGAUAGUUCAGUAGUUACAUCUCUUCAAUAUUUUGAACAUUUCGAAACAGCAACGAAUACAAAUUCUUCAAUAAACUCUCCUUUAUAUACUAAACCGAAUUCUGAUUCUGAUGGAUUAUCAGUAUUCAUGAAAAGUGCAUUAAUGAAUACAACAGAGAUAAAAGUAAAUGGAACAUUACAGUCAACAUCAACUUCAUUGGAAUCAACAAGUUUAUCUAUAAAAAAUGACGAUGUGAAACCUGUAAAAACACGUGCAAUGGAUCGUAUAGUUCCUCUUAUUACUAUAAUAGAUGAUUUAACCAAAUCAAAUCAUGGUUCUUCAUCUACUGAUCAAUCUUCUUUAGAUAAGACAAAAUUAAAUCAGAGAAGUUGGAAAAAUUAUUUCAAAAAACAACAAAAUUCUGCUGAUGGAAAAUCAUCAUCUGAUGAACAAUCGCUAUCAGUAUCACAAGGAAAUAUUGAAACAAGUUCAUUGAAUGAAAAUGAUAUUCAUCUUAGUGGAAAUUCAACUCCUACUAAAACCUUAACAAAAUAUUAUCAUCAAGAAACAUCAUCCAAUAAAUCUUGUGAUAGUAACCAUUGUUCAUCAUCAUCAUCAUCAUCAUCAUCAUCAUCUUUAUCAUUAUCAACAACUAAUGUUCAUGAUUCAUCAUCUAUUUCAUCAGUAUUCGAUGACAAUAAAAUAAUAACUUCAAAAUCAUCUCAUGAUUGUCAAAGUGGUGUUCAUUUCUCUACAAUUGCAACAAAUUCAAGUAUUGAUUCAACAAAAAAACCGAUCAGAACUGAAUUACAACCUGGAUUUUUUGCAAAAAUUCUAAGUACAAAAUCUUCACAAAAAUUAUCAACAACUACAAAUAAGAAUUCCAGAACAUGUUUAAUUAUGUAA